AUGUCGAUGACCACGGUUCCGCUCGGUACCCUGUCCUUUCGCACGGCGUACGGCGCUGUCGAGCCGACCACCGUGUCUCGUCGCGCGCCUCGCUUAUGGACCCGCUGGGCAUGUGCGAUCGCGAUUGCGUCGCUCUUUGCGGCGUUCGGGUGCGUGCUCACGCUCCAGCAGCACGAUGACACCGUCGUCGUCAUUGUCGCCGUCGAGGAGCCCGACACACGCUUUGACGCGUUUUAUGCGCAGACGGCUGCGAUGCGCGACGACGCGAUCGAUCCGUGCCAUAACUUUUACCGGCACGCGUGCGGCGGCUGGCUCCAGAACGCCACCAUUCCUUCGGACGCCAACGCCGUCGACACGUCGUUUCGUGUGGUGGCCGAUGCCAACGCCAAGCUCAUCGAGCACAUCGUUCAGUCCAACCCGCCGGUGAUCGGACCGCUGUACCAGUCGUGCAUCUCGGUGGGCGCUGUCGACGACGCCGGUGUCGCGGCGGUCUCGGCCCAGCUUGCACACGUCGCGUCGCUUACGUCCAAAAACGACGUGUACGCCUACGCUGGCGCACUCUUCCGCUCGUCCCGCGUCAACGCCUUCUUCAGCCUCGAGGUGGUGGGCAACCCGACGAAUGCGACGACGAACGUGCUCUCGCUGUCCCAAGGCGGGCUUACGUUCCCCGGCCGCGACUACUACGUGGACGCGCACAAGCGGGCCAAGUACGCGCAGCUUUUUGUCGAGUACGUCACGAGCUUGGCGAGUGUCGACGCCUUUGCCCGGCACAACGUCACGGCUUUCACGCACCGCCUCUUGAAACUCGAGACGUCGUUUGCAACUAUGUCGGUCGCCAACGCCGCGCUCCGGGACCCGUGGGCGACAUACCACGCCUUCUCGCUCGCGGACCUCGAGGCCCAAUUCCCACACGUCGCCGCGUAUUUUCGCGGUGCGGGUGUGUACGAGACGCUUGCCAACUCGACGGCGCCGAUUGUGGUCUCGACGCCCGAUUUCUUUGCCUCCCAGGCCGCGCUCCUGGCCAGUGAUGACGUCGACUUGAACACGCUCAUCAAGUAUGUGAGCUUCCGCUUGAUCGACAGCCAGAGCCCUCUGCUUGGUGAGCGCUUUCGCGCUGCGAGCCACAAGUUUCACGGGACGCUCAGCGGCCUUGGCGUCGACAGCACGCGGGCCGACUACUGUCUCGGGCUCACCGAAGCGCACUUGGGUGCUGUCCUCGGGUCCUACUACCUGGAGCGGGUCUGGGACAAGAGCACCAAGGUCGCCGCCCGGUCGCUCAUCACUGAAAUCGAGGCGGCCAUGGGCAAUGUCCUCUCCAACGAACCGUGGCUCGAUGAGGCGACGCGCAAGGAAGGGCUGGCCAAAUUGCACCACAUCUUCAACCUCGUGGGCGGCCCCGAAGUCACGCCGCCGCUUCCGUUUGCCAUCAACAGCACAGGCUUUUUCGCCAACGUGGCGCAGCUGAAGGCGCACGAGAUGCAGAUCGCGCUCUCGUCGAUCGGUGCGCCGGUAGACCCGCAGGCGUGGGGCCUCGCAGCGUCGACCGUGAACGCCUACUACGACCCGAGCGCCAACAAGAUGGUGUUUCCGGCCGCGAUCCUCCAAGCGCCGUUUUACUCUGCCCAUGCCAUGCCCAUCAUCGCCAACUAUGCGCGCAUCGGCAUGGUCAUGGGCCACGAGCUCACGCACGGCUUUGACGACCAAGGCCGCAACUACGACGCCAACGGGAACCUCCGCAUGUGGUGGUCCCCGUCCGUGAGCAAGACGUUCGAUAUCAAGGCCGACUGCUUGGCGGCGCAGUACUCGUCGUUUGAAGUGACGACGCUGGACGCGUCAGCGCGCAUCGGGUUUGUCGAUGGCCGGCUCACGCUCGGCGAAAACAUCGCUGACAACGGCGGGCUCAAGCUCGCGUAUUUGGCGUAUGCGGCGACCCAAGCCCGUCCGGUCUCGAGGGCCGAGACCAAGUUGUACUUUACAGCGUUUGCCCAGGCGUGGUGCGAGAAGCGGUCCGAUGCGUACGCCGAACUGCUUCUUGGCCUGGACCCGCACUCACCUGGCAAGUGGCGCGUGAACGGCCCGCUCAUGAACUCGGCGCUCUUUGCCGAGACGUUCCAGUGUCCCGUCGGGUCGCCCAUGAACCCACCCCACAAGUGCGUCGUGUGGUGA